AUGCCUCGACGCUGGGCACGGAAAUGCGAGCGCUACUGCUGUAUUGGAGCCACUUAUUUUCCCCUGGUAUUUGUUUACAGCAUCACGAGCUGGGCAGUCUGGGUUGAGGCUACGAUAGGAUUCCUACCUGCGCAUACGCCUUGGAUUGGAAAAGGGUCCUCUUCCCUCGGCAUCGCACUCUACAUCCUGCUAAAUUGGUCUUACACGACGGCUGUUUUUACGAGUCCCGGGACUACAACGAGUCACAAUGGAUACAGCUCACUGCCUACGCAAGCGGCGCCCGUUGCCACGAACUUCACUGUCAAAUCGAAUGGGGAGCUGCGCUACUGCAAGAAAUGCCAGGCGAGGAAACCAGAUCGCGCGCAUCAUUGCUCAACGUGUCGGACAUGCGUGUUGAAGAUGGAUCAUCAUUGUCCUUGGCUGGCGACUUGCGUGGGUCUGCGGAACUACAAAGCCUUCCUCCUGUUUCUGAUAUAUACGACUGUUUUCUGCUUCGUCUGCUUCGGGGUUUCGGGGAUAUGGGUCUACAGGGAGAUAUUGAAUGAUGGGGAAUACACGGAGUCGCUCAUGCCCGUCAAUUAUGUUAUGCUGGCUGUGAUAUCUGGGAUUAUUGGGCUUGUGCUUGCUGGCUUUACCGGGUGGCAUAUUCUGCUUGCUUCGCGGGGGCAGACAACUAUUGAAUGCCUUGAGAAGACAAGAUAUCUAUCUCCGUUGAGGAAAGCGAUGCAGCAUCAGCACAUCGAACCGCCGAAAGACGGCGAGACACGCGAGAACUACGAUGAAAUGGAGAGACGCAGGGCUCGGGCUCGGUACGAGGAAUAUCUUGACGAGCAGGACUCAGAAAAGUUGCCAAGUGCAUUUGAUCUUGGUUGGCGGAGAAAUCUGCGGCACCUAUUUGGCCCGAAGAAGCUCCUGUGGUUCGUUCCCGUUUGCAAUACAAUUGGAGAUGGCUGGAGUUGGGAGCCAAGUCCGAAAUGGUUGGCUGCAAGGGAGAGAAUUGCUUCAGAGAGGGAUGAACAACGACGGAGGGAACAUGCUGCAGGAUGGGGAUCUGAGCCUUCUCCCGUGAGACCAGAUGGUGCAGCGAGGCACUAUGUGGCAUAUCCAAGGUCUACGUCCAAGGCUGACAGGAUAUUGGGGAGGACGAGUGAGUACGCUGAUCGAACAGAUGCGGUUUCUAUGGAGAAUUUACGGCCUAGAGAUGAUUAUGAGAGUAGUGAGGAUGAGGAUGAGAGGGUUCUGGAUAGGAAGCCUCACGGGUGGCCUCAGAAAGUGGGUGUUGUUACGAAUGCUUUAUUGGGGAAUACUUUGGCAAGGCAGAAGGAUGAUGUGAGAGGGUGGGAUGGGGUAGAUGAAGGGGUAGAUUAG